AUGGCCUCAGCCCUGUUUGUUUUCCUCUCAAUUCUCUCAGGCUCCAUGGCUCGAAAUGAUUCUCGAGCUCCACAUGGACUCCAUAAUGAGAAGCCCGUAGCAAUGUCUCCAUUGGCUCAUGAUUUCUUCCACCCGAAAGUUCAUACCCAUACUCAACCGGGGGAUGAAGAUCCAUGUGAUGAAUCAACAGAAUGCUCGCCAAUUCCUUUGGCUUCCACAGUGCCAUCCACUCUGGCCCGUGAGAACAAAUCUCAACCGAAUUCAAGUCAUAUUGGACUUGCUGGCACUGCAAUGGGAUUCAUGUUUGUUUUGCUGGUGGGGACCGGAGUUUAUUUCGUCACAGUCAAGAGACGAGCAAACCGGAGGGCUAGCCUUUCUGCAAAUAUACAUUUUGUGUGA